AUGACGAUUUUACUGGUCAGCUUAAUUAUUUUUGCGACGAAGUUGGCUCACGGCACGGCUCAAGGGCCCGAAGAAGUGAAACAAUGGUUUGCGAAGUUGCCCACUUUGAAACAAAAGGUGAUGGAUCUUCACUUCUUCUUCUACACCUCCACGGUUGGGGCAAACCCUAACGACGUUUUGGUGGGUCAGUCCAACGUUACGUCCCAAUCCCCCACCCUCUUUGGAGCGACGGCGGUGAUGGACGGGCCGGUGACCGUCGGACCAGAGCGCAAUUCUUCUCAAUUGGGUCGAUUUCAAGGAUUUUAUGCUUUGAGCUCGUUGGAUGAGAUGAGCUUUACAAUGCUAUUCAAUUUUGUGUUCACCCAUGGUGAGUAUAAUGGUAGUAGCUUAAGUGUACUUGGUUAUAACCCCGUGCAGCAUGAGCACCGGGAGAUGGUGAUAGUUGGUGGUUCGGGUUGCUUUCGACUGGCUCGUGGGAUUUUAACGAUAAAGACAGUGUGGUGGAAUAUUACUACAAAAUUAGGUGACACAGUGAUAGAAUGUAAUGUUAUGUUAUUGCAUUAUUAG